AUGCGUCUCGCGAGUGUCUCUAUCUGCCUCGUUGCCGUCGUGGCUAUUGCUGCUGCUGCUACGAGACAGUCAACCACGCAAUCAAUUCUGUUUGUUGCUACAUCGACCAAGGAAACUGCCAACGGCAUCAACACUUUUAAGCUUAACACGGCCGAUGGAUCCCUCGUGCCUUACGGAAUCACGCCACUCGCUUUUGCGGAAAAGGGCUUGAACCCAACGUACGUCCAGGGCUCAACCAAGAAAUUUUCGAAGGGUGAGCGGGUCAUUUACGCUCUAAAUCGUGGUUCUACUACUGGGCACGUGUCGGCGAUGACUCUGCAGUCGGACGGUACCUUAAAGGUUCUCAACUCGCAGCAGAUGAAGGGUGGAUCCCCAGCUCACUUGGCACUGAGCCCUCGGGAGGAUUUCGUUUCCGUUGCCAACUACGUAGGUAGUCUGUCGCUGUUCCCGCUCAAUGCUGAUGGCUCUGUCGGCGCUCAAACUUUUUACCAGAACUUUCCCGUUGGUAGUAAGGUCGUCAUGGACCAGCAAGCUAUAGGCCACAUUCACAGUACCGCGUGGCUGUUCAACUCCAGCAAAAUCAUUGCCGCCAAUCUAGGAGGUGACGAGCUUCUCCUGUACAAGCUGGACAAGACAAAGAAGACGUUGGAUAGUCUUAAGACUGUCAAAAGUUCGCCGGGAUCCGGACCUCGUCACAUGGUCAUCCACCCCAACGGAGGCUUUGUGUACGUCACGGACGAACUAUCCAACACCGUUAGCGUGUACACAAUCAACGAUGAUGCGGAGUUGCUGUCUAGUCCCGCUCUACAAGAAAUUACGACACUGCCUCCCGGUUUCACGAACACCAACACUGCUGCUGAUAUUCACUUCUCGAGUAACGGAAAAUUCGUGUAUGUUUCGAACCGCGGUGACAACUCGAUUGUUGCUUACAAGGUCAACGCAGAUGGUACACUGAAGGCUCUCAGUUGGACGAAGUCGCGUGGUGUGACACCUCGAAGCUUCAUCAUUUACAAAGAUUGGCUCAUCGUGGGGAACGAGGGCUCGCAUGACAUGUACGUGUUCAAGGUAGAUGGUGCCACUGGUGCACUCGAGUACACUGGCAAUUCGUACGCGAUCGAUGGACCUGUGAGCUUUUACGUUGCAGAGUAUUAA